AUGAGAUUAACAUCGAAAUAUUUAAAAGACCACGGAGCCGUAGAAUUCUUUGGUUACAACAAAGUGGGUGAUAAUUCUUUUCCUAAUUUAUUUCCCGUUUUGACAGGAAAAUCUUUUAAGUACCUUAAAAGAAAACUAAGAAAUGAAUUUGAACAAUGGAAUUUUAUUUGGGAUGAUUAUAAAAAAGCAGGAUUUAAUACUGCAAUGGGAUCAGAUAGUAUCGCUGGUUUACUCGGAUCUUACGAGUAUAAUUGGGAAAAAAUUCCAACAGACAACUAUUUACAACCAUUUAUGUUCGAAGCGAGGCAUAUGUUCCAGGACAAACAGUACAACUACCACAAGUGCCUAGGUGAUAAAUUACUUUACAAGAUACUUCUGGAUUACAUCAGUGAUAUAACUAUUAAGCUAAAAUCAGUAAGAUUAUUUGGUUUGUUUUGGGAAGAAUCUAUUAGUCAUGACGAUCUCAAAUUACCUCAUAUUAUGGAUGAAGAUUACCUAAAUCUUAUGAAAAAAAUUGAAUUCAUCGGUAGCUUACGUAAUACUGUGAUCAUUUUCUUCAGUGAUCAUGGAAAGAGAUGGGGAAAGUUUGUUGAAACAAAACAAGGCCGUUUAGAAGAACGUCUACCACUUCUUACUAUUAUGCUACCUGAAACUUUUAAACGACGUUACACGUUAGCCUUCAAAAACUUGCAACAGAAUAGUCGUGGCUUAACAACUCCGUUUGAUUUCCACGAAACCCUGUUGGACCUUUUGAACAUAACUAAAUUAGAAAACCAUGUUAUUCGUGAAAGAAUGAGUGUUUCAAAUCAAAAUGAUAAAGUAUCUAGUUUAUUUUUACCUAUAAGUUCUAAAAGAACAUGUAAGGAUGUAGGCAUACUGCAACACUGGUGUUCUUGCUACAACGGCAGGAGUUUACGGACAGAUUCAAAAGACAGUAUACUUGCUGGCCAAUAUAUGAUUUUACAUAUAAAUAAUUUACUGAAAAGCUAUCACCAGUGUAAAAAAUUAAGAUUGAAAAAAAUCUUAAGUGCUAAUGUAGAAAAACAUACGAACGAAGACAUUUUUAGGGUAAUCGUGAAAAGUUCGCCUGGAUCUGGAAUAUUUGAGAGCACUAUGUACAGAGUCCAACAACAAUGGAUAAUUUCAGAUAUCAUUACACGACUUAGUCUUUAUCGAAAUGAAAGCUCUUGUGUUAAUAACGAAAUAAUAAAAAUGUAUUGCUUAUGUAAAUAG